UUUUAUAUUUUUAAAAACAAUUAAAUUAAUUUCGCUUGCCCUAUUCUUCUACUAGUUAUUUCAUCAGUUAAAAGCAGAGGAAAUGUCGACGAUGGCAUCAAAAUAAACAAUUAAAAAAUGACCAAUUAGCUGUCAUCAAACACAAAGAGUUGUCUAAGUGUAAAAUCCAAAUGCCAAAUGUUGUGCAAAUUGUUACUGAUAGACACUCGUGUUCAUCUUUUUUUAUUUCAGAUCCCUCAGAAAAUUUAUUCAAAGAAGGAAAAACCUCAUCCUGGAGUCCUAUUAACACCGGCGUGCAGAAAGGAAGCGGACAGAUUCAACUUUGGCAGUUUCUGCUGGAACUACUAUCUGACAGCUCAAAUAUGAGCUGUAUUGCCUGGGAAGGGACAAACGGGGAAUUUAAACUGAUUGAUCCUGAUGAGGUGGCUAGGAGAUGGGGUGAGAGAAAGAGCAAGCCUAACAUGAACUACGACAAACUGAGCCGAGCUCUUCGCUACUACUAUGACAAAAAUAUAAUGACAAAAGUUCAUGGGAAACGGUAUGCCUAUAAAUUCGAUUUUCAUGGCCUAGCUCAAGUCUGUCAGCCGUCCACCACCGAGCACGCCUUGUACAAAUUUCAGAGCAAUUUCGCUCCCAUCCCCUUUUCGGGAAUUUCUAAACUCAAUCUCGUCACUCCAAGUGUCGCUCCAUCCGGAUUCUCCUACUGGCCCGGGUCUCCGCCUGCUCUCUACCCCGGACACAACCUCCAACCCUCCGGAGCGUUCAGUUCAGUAGCAGCAUCUCAUAUAAGCGGCAUCAACAAUAUUAACAACUUAAGUAACAUCAGUAACCACUACCAUUAAGCAUAUAGGGUUUUUCGUGCUAUUUACAAAGAAAACAGUACAAAUUAUUUUUAAGGAUGUGCUGAUUGUAUAUUUUGAAACAACUUGUCUGUUUACAGAUCUCCUACUACAAAAUGUUUUUAAAGGAAGGAUUUUUUGUUUUAGAGACGGACCGCAUUACGCUGGCAGUAUUUUUCGCUGCAUGCAAGUCUGCUGUUGUUGGUCUGAGUCUUGUUGAAUUAUUAAUGGACGAUUUCCAUUCCUCUACCAUCAUUAACAGUGUGCCGGAAAAUACAUAUAUUUAUAGAUCCGAAUUCGUCAAAUGAAAACAAAGCAUUUGCCCUUAGUACAGUGAAGGUAUUUUAAAAUUGACUGCUACCUUGAAGCGACCUUGAUGCUGCCAUCACGUUCGAUUGAAAAAUUGUCCCAAUGGGACAUUUAGCGCCAUCUGGUGUUUGGAACUAUAUAGAAAAGGCUAUUAUUAUCGUUGUUGCUUAGUAGUAUCUGGAUACUAUAAAAAAUAAAUGUGAAAGCAUUGUCAUUACGGGGUUCAUACAUUUUUUUAAAAACGAAAUCUUUAUUUACCGUAAGUUUACCUAGGCUAUCCAUCUAUCUGUUUUCUAACUGCUUCUUCCAAUUCAGGGUUGUGGGCAGCUGGAUGCAUUUGGGGUAUCUAUACAUAAAGUAUACAAAAAACAUCUUUCUAACAUCAUUUCUGGUCAGCAAUACCCACACAGUGUGAAAGGCAGGAUGAGUAUAUGUAGAAUUGGAUAAUGUUUGUUCUGUGAUCUGCGGUUGGUGGUGAAUGUCUCGAUACGCCUCGAUAUCACUGACUCUUAGGUUUUUAGAUGUUAUGAUAAAAAGCGAUUUCAAGGCUAAUUCAAGUUUAUUCCACCCCCUGAUGUAUACACACAGGACACCAGGAAUCACCAGCAAUAUUUAAUUUUACAUCCUUAAAUACAGAUCAGCUUGAGCAGUUAAAAAAAUAUUUAAGAAUAAUUAACAUACAUGACUAUUCUGAGCCAUUUUUUGUGUAGUGAUGUUUACAGUUUUUUUGUAUGUCCAGUGUCAGUCUAAUGUCUUGAUUAUGUAAAAUAGAUAAAGCCUGCAUUCCCAUUCCCCAUUGCUCUGUAAUAUACUGUAGCUGUUUCCAUUUCAUUUUCUAUUGCACUGUAGUAUAAUUAUUUCUCUACAGUAUGU